CUUUAUGAUCCUCAUCCUCCAGCGCCCGUUAAUUAAAGAGCCAUUAACAGCCAAACCCCAGUGUCUCGGCUGGCGGCGGGGGUGGCCCCGGGAGAUGCUGCUCCGACGGUUCUCGGUACCGGACCCUGGGAUGCACGAUGCCCGGGUGGGGCGUGGAAUUUAACCGCGUCUGCCCUCCCCAGAGCUACGACUGUGGGGUGGAACGGGACGUGCAUCCCCCACCUCAUCUUCUCCUCCUCCUCUUCUUCCCCUCCUCCUCUUCUUCCCCUCCUCCUCCCCAUCCCCAUCUCUGCCGCCGCUGCGCGGUGCCGGGGCGGGGCGGCCCCUGCGGCAGCCGGUGCGGCGGCUCCUUCCCGGACCUGUUCCCGUUCCCUUCCACCGGGAUGAACGGCGGAGCUGAAGCCGCAGCGCCCGGGGACGGCGGGGGAAUGGCCCGGGCGACGCGGGACCCGCCGCCCCUCUAGGCUCGCCGCGGGGGGAGAGGCACAUCCUGGAUCCCGGAGGAUGCAGCCUGAGCUGCUGGCUUGGAAGUACGGUUGCCUGGCGUGGGCUUUACUGGGCUGAUGGCUCUCCCCGGGCAGUCACCGGAAUGCUGGUUGCUGAGGCUGCCAGCUCCUCUCCUGUCUGUUCUUUUUCUUACGAUGGAAAGGUUGGUUGUCUAUCUACUGGUUAUUAGCACUGCUGUGAAGGCCAUGAUGUGUCCCAAAAGGUGCAUGUGUCAAAACCUGUCUCCAUCCUUCACGAUUCUCUGCACAAAGACUGGGCUGCUCUUCGUGCCCCCCAGUAUUGACAGGAGAACAGCAGAACUGAGGCUGAUGGACAACUUUAUCACCACCCUCAGGAGAAAAGAUUUUGCAAACAUGACUAAUUUGAUCCACUUGACCUUGUCGAGGAACACAAUAAGUCAGAUCAUGCCUUAUGCAUUCUUUGAUCUCAAAGGCCUUCACGCCUUACACUUGGAUAGUAACAGACUGACUUACAUCAAUGAAGAUCAUUUCAAAGGGUUAAUUAACCUUAGGCAUUUAAUACUCAGUAACAAUCAAUUAAACUAUAUCUCUCCUGGGUCCUUGGAUGACUUCAUUGAAACCAUUGAAGACCUGGACCUGUCCUACAACAAUCUUGUUAACGUCCCUUGGGAGACCAUCGCCAAGCUUUCCAACGUCAACACGGUCAGUCUGGAUCACAACCUGAUCGAGUUUGUGCCAGAGGGAAUCUUCUCAAACCUUCACAAACUGGCCCGUCUAGACAUGACCUCCAACAAGCUGAAAAAGAUCCCUCCUGAUCCUUUGUUUUCCAGGAUCCCUGUCUAUGCCAAGUCCAAAGGAUCUCCACUCUCAUCCCUGGUGCUGAGCUUCGGAGGGAACCCUUUGCACUGCAACUGUGAACUCGUCUGGCUGAGACGUCUCACCAGGGAGGAUGACCUGGAGACCUGUGCCUCUCCACCAGAACUGAUGGGCAAAUACUUUUGGUCUAUUAAAGAGGAGGAAUUUGUCUGUGAACCCCCCAUGAUCACUCACAGAACCCCAAAGCUCACAGCAACAGAAGGCCAAAGCACCUCUUUAAAGUGCAAAGCCGUGGGGGAUCCAGAUCCCUACGUUCGCUGGAUCUCACCCGAUGGCAAGCUGGUCUCUAACACAUCCAGGACCACUUCUUAUGAGAAUGGCACUCUGGAUAUUUUGGUGACCUCUUUGGCUGACAAGGGCACGUUCACCUGCAUAGCAUCCAAUGCUGCAGGAGAGUCAACAGCUCCGGUUGAGCUCCUCGUCACCCCACACCCCAACCUCGCUAACAGCACCAACUGUGAUAAGGACGCAGAGCCUGGCCCCUCGGAUAUCCUCAUAUCUGCCAAGUCCAGCUUCCCAAAUGAAACCAAGGCUCAGCAGGAGAGGGCAGUUGUGGUUGCUGAGUUGACUUCAUCUUCUGCUCUUAUCCAGUGGCCUUCCCAGCAUCACCUCCCUGGGAUUCGGAUGUACCAGAUUCAGUACAACAGUUCUGCUGAUGACAUCCUGGUGUACAGGAUGAUUCCAGCCGCCAGCAAAUCCUUCUUCCUGACCGAUCUGGCCGCGGGGCGCGACUACGACCUCUGCGUCCUGGCCGUUUACGACGACGGGCUGACCUCGCUGACGGCCACCCGCGCCCUCGGCUGCGUGCAGUUCACCACCCGGCAGGAGUACAAGCAGUGCCGCUCCCUCCACGCGCAGUUCCUGGGGGGGACCAUGAUCAUCGUCAUCGGGGGGAUCAUCGUGGCCUCGGUUCUCGUGUUCAUCUUCAUCCUCCUCAUGAAGUACAAAGUCCACGACGGGCACCGCAAGCGCAAGGCGGCGAAGGUCAGCAGCGUCUGCUCGCAGACCAACGGCGGCCAGGCCGGCGCCGUGGCGCGCUCCACCUCCAAGCUGGCCGAGAGGAGGGAGAGCGUGCAGCAGGAGCGCUCCGGCAAAGGCAAGGCCGCGGCGGACUCGGACUGCGAGAGAGUGACUGCUGCCAGCACAACCUUCUUAGCCGCCGAAGCGGUGUCCUAA